AUGGCCCGCACAUUACCGUGGAAGAGGGCAGCAGCAGCGCAGCCGGAAUCACUCCCAAGCCUACGGCGCGCGUCGCCCAAAAUCGGGACGCCCAGACGAACCACCGCGGCCGCGACCCCAGCCAGCGGUGCCUCGGCCACGGCGCGGCAUCGCCCAUCCGUCCUCGCCGCGUUCAACUCUUCCGAUCCCUUGCGCAGCCCAUCGACAUCUCCUCCCCCAGAGCCACCGCAGGAAAGGUACAUGGCCGCCGGCGAUGACCAGUACCGCAUCGUCGAGGAUGAGCUGCUGCGCACCGCCCAGCGCUUCACCACGCACCUGCACCGCGCCGAGUACCACCGCCUCAAGAUCGUCGCCAGGUCCAAGAACGACGCCGCCAUCCGCGAGGUCGAGCGGCCCGUCGUCGUCGGCACCCGCCUCACCUCGGCCGCCCGUCGCCGCCGCGACCAGGCCCAGCGGCUCUCUAAGCAGCGCUCCCUGCUUUCCGCCGCCACGGACCGCACCCAGGACAAGACCACCUCCUCCUCGCCUUGGGUCGGCACCAACCUGAGAGGGUUGCUGAACGCACCCCGUGCGGAGACCAGGUCUUUGGUGGUGCCGCAGGCCGCCCCUGCUGCCUCGUCGUCGUCGUCGUCCCUCACAAAGGCCGCGGUCGGUCAUCGUCCGCCUCCUGCGUCGACGCCCCAGCGGCGGCGCCCCCCUUCACAUGAUGGUGUCUCUGCGACGACGCCGGUAUCUGCGACUGGGGGGGUGCGCGCACGCAAUCUUGCCACGCCCGCCUCGUCGACCAGCGCGGCGCUCAGCUCCUCGGCGCCAAGGCGAGUUGCCAAGAUGGAGGCUGAUACGCCGACUCCGACUCUUCCUGAGGACGGCGAUGAGGACGACCUGGAUUUUGACGAUCCGUUUGGGCUCAACAAGCGACGGCUGGAUCGGAAAAAAUCCAGAGAUCAGUUUAGAAGGUCCAUCCGCGCCACACCUACGAAAACGCCGUCAUCAUCAAGCACCAUGCCGUCAUUUGUCUGA